ACAUGGCAGAGGCUGCAGUCCGUCUUCCCUUCAAAAACUUGGAAUGAUUUCAAAUCAUAGGCACCUUCACUUAACCCUAGCUUCCAUUCAUCAGCAAACACAUCGGAUCGAUGCUACGCUAACCUAUCGGGAGCUCGCUCCGCGCGUCCAGGCUUGAAGAUGCAGUGGACGCCGGAGCAUGCCCAGUGGCCAGAACAGCACUUUGACAUCACCUCAACCACUCGGUCUCCUGCCCACAAAGUUGAAGCCUACAGAGGUCAUUUGCAGCGCACCUACCAGUACGCCUGGGCAAAUGAUGACAUAUCUGCUCUGACUGCAUCCAACCUUCUGAAGAAAUAUGCAGAGAAGUAUUCUGGCAUUUUGGAAGGUCCCGUGGACCGGCCUGUUCUCAGCAAUUUUUCAGACACACCAUCAGGACUCGUGAAUGGUCGGAAAAACGAGAGCGAACCCUGGCAGCCUUCCUUGAAUUCAGAAGCCGUUUAUCCUAUGAACUGUGUUCCGGAUGUCAUCACUGCUAGCAAAGCUGGUGUCAGUUCAGCCCUCCCUCCUGUAGAUGUCUCUGCAAGUAUAGGGAGCUCCCCUGGGGUGGCCAGCAACCUGACAGAACCAAGUUACUCAAGUAGUACCUGUGGAAGCCACACAGUACCUAGUCUUCAUUCAGGGCUCCCAUCUCAGGAAUAUGCUCCAGGAUACAACGGAUCGUAUUUGCAUUCUACAUACAGUAGCCAGCCCACACCUGCACUUCCUUCGCCUCAUCCAUCGCCACUGCAUAGCUCCGGGCUCCUGCAGCCACCGCCCCCUCCUCCUCCCCCACCAGCCCUGGUCCCAGGCUACAAUGGGACUUCCAAUCUCUCGAGCUACAGCUAUCCCUCUGCUAGCUAUCCUCCUCAGACUGCCGUGGGGUCUGGGUACAGCCCUGGUGGAGCGCCCCCACCUCCUUCUGCAUACCUGCCUUCAGGAAUUCCUGCUCCCACUCCUCUGCCCCCCACUACCGUUCCUGGCUACACCUACCAGGGUCAUGGUUUGACGCCCAUUGCGCCCUCUACUCUGGCCAACAGCUCGGCAAGUUCUCUCAAAAGGAAAGCUUUCUAUAUGGCAGGGCAAGGAGACAUGGACUCCAGUUACGGAAAUUACAGCUAUGGCCAACAGAGAUCGACCCAGAGUCCUAUGUACCGAAUGCCCGACAACAGCAUUUCAAACGCGAAUCGGGGGAAUGGCUUUGACAGAAAUGCUGAAACAUCAUCCUUAGCAUUUAAGCCAACAAAGCAGCUGAUGUCCUCUGAACAGCAAAGGAAAUUCAGCAGUCAGUCCAGUAGGGCUCUGACCCCUCCUUCCUACAGUACUGCUAAAAAUUCACUGGGAUCAAGAUCCAGUGAAUCCUUUGGGAAGUACACGUCGCCAGUCAUGAGUGAGCACGGGGAAGACCCUAGGCAGCUCCUCGCUCAUCCAAUGCAAGGUCCGGGACUCCGUGCAGCUACCUCAUCGAACCACUCUGUGGACGAGCAACUGAAGAACACUGACACGCACCUCAUUGACCUAGUCACCAAUGAGAUCAUCACCCAAGGACCUCCCGUGGACUGGAGUGACAUAGCUGGUCUUGACCUGGUGAAGGCUGUCAUUAAGGAGGAGGUUUUGUGGCCAGUGUUGAGGUCCGAUGCGUUCAGUGGGCUGACGGCCUUGCCUAGGAGCGUCCUUCUCUUUGGACCUCGGGGAACAGGCAAAACACUCUUGGGCAGAUGCAUAGCUAGUCAGCUGGGGGCCACGUUUUUCAAAAUUGCUGGUUCCGGACUAGUUGCGAAGUGGUUAGGCGAAGCGGAGAAAAUUAUUCAUGCCUCUUUUCUUGUGGCCAGGUGUCGCCAGCCCUCGGUGAUUUUUGUUAGUGACAUUGACAUGCUUCUCUCCUCUCAAGUGAGCGAGGAACACAGUCCAGUCAGUCGGAUGAGAACCGAGUUUCUGAUGCAGCUGGACACUGUACUAACUUCGGCUGAGGACCAAAUCGUAGUCAUUUGUGCCACCAGUAAACCCGAAGAAAUAGAUGAAUCUCUUCGCAGGUACUUCAUGAAAAGACUUUUAAUCCCGCUUCCUGACAGCACAGGGAGGCACCAGAUAAUAGUACAACUGCUCUCACAGCACAAUUACUGUCUCAAUGACAAGGAGUUUGCACUGCUCGUCCAGCGUACGGAAGGCUUUUCUGGACUCGACGUGGCUCAUUUGUGUCAGGAAGCAGCGGUGGGCCCUCUCCACGCUAUUCCAGCCACAGACCUUUCGGCCAUUAUGCCCAGCCAGUUGAGGCCCGUUACGUAUCAAGACUUUGAAAAUGCUUUCUGCAAGAUUCAGCCCAGCAUAACUCAGAAAGAGCUUGAUAUGUAUGUUGAAUGGAACAAAAUGUUUGGUUGCAGUCAGUGAUUCAGUCUUUAAAAGUUAAAAACAACAACAACAACAACAAAAUGUAAUGAAUGUUGGCACACACACAUAAAACCUGCUACAUAGGGAAUAGAGCCCCUUUCCAGUAGUGUUCCCAUUGCAGAGGGUACUGGGGAACACGACAAUUGCGCUGCGUCUGUGGAGGCAGGGUAGCUUUGGAGGAAACAUGCAUCAGAUGAGAGCCUCCGAUUGGAAAGCCCCAGAUGACAGAGAGUAUAUCCAUGUGGAUGCUCGGAUGAUCGGUUCCAGCAAGACAACACUCACCUAGACGCAAGGUGCAAGUGUGUUGAUUUCAGAAGGACAUGAACCUCGUGUGUUGAUUCCAUUCUGCUGUUCUCGAGAUUUAGUUGCUGUCAAGUGCCUGGAGUGGUGCUUUAUUUUUUCGUUUGCCUCACAAUUACAUUGGUGGCAUGUGCUAAUAUAAAGAGCUUUAACUUCAAACAUUAUUGGACUAAAGAGAUGAACGGUCGUGUUACAACAGAAAACCAGAUUUUUUUUUGCCAUUUUAAGAGCAACAGUAUUCCUCAAUCCUGUCUGUUCUGCAGUGUUAAGCUAAGAACAGGUAACACAGGGUAACGGUGAUCUGGACCUUAAUUUCUGCAGUUCAUUUCUUUUAAUGUUCUUGUCUGCAAAAACUCAGGAAAGUGAUUGUGAUUUGUCCAGUACCUCAAAGGAAUGUGUUAAAAGCACUAUGUACUGCUGAGAGUAAUAGGCUAGGCUUUGAUGUUACUUUAUAUUAAAAUGUAUGUUUACCUCAACAAUUGGAGAAUGGCAAGGAAAAUUACUUUGAAUGUAUCCGGAAAAAUUACUGAAGUGUGAUACAACUGAAUAUUUACCAUUGAAAAUAGAAACGGAAGUUUUUUUUUUUUUUUAAAGUUCUCUUACAAAAUAUGGGGAAUUAA